AUGCAAAGCAAUAAUUACGUUGAAGCCAAGAGAUUUGUUAUCAAGAACAAGUUAGCACUUCUACUUCAUCCGAACAAGAACAGGUUUCGUGGAGCGGAAGAUGCGUUUAAGAGACCUGCGUAUGGUCAGCAGUGGAAAUCGCUAGAAGUUAAACUGAAAAAGAAGGAAGCGAAGCCACAACAGAAACAACAGUCAACGAACACGAAAAAAAACAGUGAUGCUUCUUCUACAACUUCAGCUUCUGAGUACGCAAUGAAAGCACGAGAAAGAAUGAAAGCAGAGAAGCUUUUCAGUAAACGGACGACAACAGGAAAUCUGAACUUUAACUUUGAAGCAAAGCCACAACAGAAACAAGAGUCGAGAGACAAUUCUCAAGCAACAAACAAAAGAAGAAAAAUUGAUGCUUCUUCUACAACUUCAGCAUCUGAUUACCCAGAGAAAGCACAAGAAAGAAAGAAAGAAUAG